UUCAAUACUUGUUUUCUCCCUCCACAGACUACAGUAGAUGGUAACUAUCUUAGAUGCAGCUGGAUAAUAAGAUACAAGAUCUCAAUACCGUAGAUGCUUUGCUCUUGCAAUAGUACUUACUGGUGGUUGCACUAUGUUAUGGAUGUUCGGUACAUGUAGAUAUAUUGAUGUUGCGUCUGUUCUUUCAUCUCGAUCCUCCUCUUUCCCCAAAUACUUCUUUAUAAACUUCUUACUGUUCAAUUAAUGAUCGUAUUACUUUUGUGUCACGGAACCAUUAACAUGAUUGAUCGAAUUGUUUCGAUGUAUGUGUAUGUGCACUUGGCAGGGUGACAUCAAGACCGACCUUCUGGCAUGGCGGCAAAUAACUCAUCAGCAUCUUGAGCCGAGGGACCUUGGUACUGCUAUCAAGCAAAGGCUCGGUAACGGUGUAGAAGGUCACCCUGUAUGCACAAAACUGGGCUCGACUAAUGGCGAGGUUCCCUACAGGGUCAGUGUGCGAGGGAGGGUGAACUUGAUGAGGCUCUGCGAGUUCCUGAAGGAAUACAGAUUUCAUUUUGUGGAAGUUGAAGCCUUUACCAGGGGACAGGCUUCGUCGUCGUCGGUUUCAGGUCGGACCGAUUCAGCAACUGUACAUUUCGAUGUCAAUAUCAAUUAUAUGUAGCCCCGGCGCCGUAUGAAGUGCUGGCCCUGCUGUGGUUUGUCAAAGGUCUUUCCAUGAUAUCUAUCUACAUCUAAUGGCCUGUAUUGUGUAUUACGCUACCGCAGAGUAUUGGGGUGUUACCCAGUCAGUAGUCAAAUAAAAAGCUGUGCUGAUGAUGGCUUGUUAUUUGAGCAAUUGUGUGUGCUACAAUAUUGCACUUAUUAUUAGCUUGUAAUUCUUCGGAUGAAGGAAAUUAUGCUAGUGACUGCUUGGUCGAGUACAUAUGCAUGUAUCAGUUUGUAACUUGAUAUGAUAAAA